AUGGAUAGCGUUCCUGAGCCAAAACUCGAUGAGAUUUUCCUGACAGAGGGAGCCUCACAGGGCGUCCAUCUUCUGCUUAGCACUCUCAUUGUCGAUAAAAAUGAUGCCAUUAUGAUCCCCAUCCCCCAGUAUCCUCUCUAUACCGCCUCCAUCUCACUCAACGGUGGAUCGCCGGCACCCUAUUUCCUCAACGAAAGCAAGGGCUGGCAGCUAGAUAUCGAGGAACUAGAACGUUCCUACCAAGAGUCCAAGCAGCAGGGCAAGAACAUAAAGGCUAUCGUGAUCAUUAACCCUGGAAAUCCAACUGGCUCCAUUCUCAAUGCUGAAACCAUCGCUAAAAUUUUGGAGUUUUCAGUCCGCAACAGAAUCGUGGUGAUCGCUGACGAGGUGUACAGGGAGAACGUCUACAAGGAGAAUACCUCCUUCAUCUCCUUCAGGAAGGUGCUGGAGACUCUCAGCCAGGAAGUCAGAGAUAAUUGCGAGCUUGCAUCUCUGCACUCAGUUUCUAAGGGACUGCUGGGCGAGUGCGGACUCAGAGGAGGAUACCUCUACCUUCACAACUUCAACCCCUUGGUCGUCGAGCAGCUGGUCAAGCUCAAGUCCAUCAACUUGUGCUCCAACUCCAUCGGACAACUCAUGGUCGAACUCAUGGUCAAUCCCCCCAUCAGCGGCGUCUCCGAAGAGACCAAGACCAAGUUCGAAACUGAGUACAAGGCGCUCUACGAUUCGCUCAAGUACAGGGCCAGGCUGGUGACUAAGGAGCUCAACAGCAUGCGCAACAUCCACUGCCAGGAGGUUUAG